AUGCAAACUCGGAGGAAUCCAGAGACGAGGAGAUCACUAAUAGAACAAAAUCAAUGUGAAGGAUCUUUGGAUGAUGCGCGCUAUUGCACUGCGACCGUUGUAAUUAUUUCUGUGUUAUUCGUUACUGGAGUCUUGGCACUGUUGAUUUCAUUCAUUGGCUUAUUUGUAGCUGAAACAAUGGGAGAAACAACAACGGAGUAUCCACUAUUUACGACAACAGAAAUUCCAACCACAGAUUUUGAUCAUAUUACGAAAAAAAAUUGUAAGAAACGAGUUGUUGUAUUUUACACAGAAAUCGAAUCCACUCCCAUCACAAAAAUUCAACUUCGAAAACUGACUCACGCAGUCUUUGCCUAUAUUCAAAAGAAUGCUGAUGGAUCGCUUCAAUUUAAAACUGAUCGGAUCAGACAACGAUUUCUGGAUAUGAAAAAUAAAACAAAAUCAAUAAAGUCUGAUUCGAAUGAGACAAAUUUGAAAAUUAUGGUUUCAAUUGGAGGACCAGAUAAUUCGGAUAAUUUUUCAGACGUUUUGGAGGAUCCAGCAAAAACGAGAACUUUCAUCGAAUCCGUGAUGUCUCUUCUCCAAUUUUGA